AUGUCUCAGAGUGAAGCCUCUGAUGUUCUUUUUGUGCAAGGUUUUUCCAUUUCAUUUUUUACUUGCCCCUUUACUUUUCCCCAGCGCCCACAGAGGAAAAUUCACUCAUCUGCUUGUUCCCAUCUUAAUGAAAACCAGUCAGAAACUUCAUCUUUUCUAAUUCGACCGGAAGCUGUGUCACCUUGCUCUAGAUCAGAUGCACUUUUAGAGGCUCUGCAAAUGUUCAAUAAACCAUCCAGUCUGAGUGUGGUAUCUGCCACUGCCAUAAUUGGCCAAUUUGUUCGGCGGAAUUGUUAUAAAGAGGCUGUCCAUCUCUUUUCAAGAAUGCUUGCAUCAAAUAUCAGACCCAACGAGUACACCUUUGGCACUCUAUUUCCUUCAUUAACUGCUCUAAGAGACAUUCGUAUAGGUAAGCAACUUCAUGCAUGUGCCAUGAAGAUAGGUUUGCAUAACAAUGUCUUUGCGGGAAGUGCACUUUUGGAUUUUUAUGCAAAGUUAAGUACUAUGGACGAUGCCCGGAGAUCGUUUGAAGAUACUCAAUCUCCAAAUGUUGUUUCAUACACGACUUUGAUUUGUGGUUACUUUAAAAAGGAGAAAACUGAAGAUGCUUGUCACCUUUUUCAAUCAAUGCCAGAGAGAAACAUUGUUUCGUGGAAUGCAAUGAUUGGUGGGUACAGCCAGACAGGCCACAAUGAAGAGGCUCUGAAUUUUUAUGUUCAGCUUCUCAGGGAAGGUUAUAUACCUAAUCAGUCUACUUUCCCUUGUGCAAUCACUGCAGCAGCCAAUGUAGCAGCGCUUGGCAUUGGCAGAAGCAUUCAUGCCUGUGCUGUAAAGUUCUUGGGUAAGCCUGAUGUGUUUGUUGGCAAUUCACUUGUGAGCUUUUAUGCUAAAUGUGGAAGCAUGGAGGAUAGCCUCUUGGUUUUCAAUAAACUUGGGGAAAAAAAUAUUGUAUCUUGGAAUGCUGUGAUAUGUGGCUAUGCUCAAAAUGGCAGAGGAUAUGAAGCUAUAAGCCUUUUUGAAAGAAUGCAAGUAUCAGGCUGCCGACCUAAUGGUGUCACAGUUCUUGGCCUGUUAUGGGCUUGUAAUCACGCUGGCCUUGUCAAUGAGGGGUAUUCUUAUUUUAACAAGGCAAGACUUGAAAACCCCAGCAUGCUAAAACCAGAGCACUAUGCUUGUAUGGUUGAUUUGCUCUCCCGCUCUGGGUGUUUCAGACAAGCUGAGGAGUUUAUUUAUGAUUUGUCAUUUGAUCCAGGAAUUGGGUUUUGGAAAGCAUUACUCAGUGGCUGCCUGAUCCACUCUAAUGUGGACUUGGGUGAAUUGGCAGCACACAAAAUCCUGGCUUUGGAUCCUGAAGAUGUGUCGUCUUAUGUGAUGCUGUCUAAUGCACAUUCUGCAGCUGGUAGAUGGCAGAGUGCUUCAAAAAUUAGAAGAAAAAUGAAAGAAAAGGGAAUGAAGAGGGUUCCUGGUUGUAGUUGGAUUGAGAUCAGAAGCAAGGUUCAUGUCUUUGUUACAGGGGACAGGAAUCAUCAGCAGAAGGAUGAGAUCUAUAUGGUAUUGGGAUGGUUUAUCCAAAAUGUAGAGGAGGAUGAAGUUUCAGAAUUAUUUUAAGAAUCUUAAUCAAAAUUCAUCACCGUGAAUCAGGCUUCAAUGCAACAAUUGGAUUAUAUAGGUUGAGACACACCAUGGUGAGAUGUAGCCUGAAUCGAGCUUCCUUGCAGUUGCUCUACUUAGUUAAAGCGAUUUUUGUAGGAGGCAUUACACUGUAUUAGUCCUAAUUAAGUGAGUUCGUCAUAUCCUGAUGUUUUUGUAUAAAGCAUUCAUACUGAAGCCUGAUAUAGCCUAAUAAUUUACCAUUUAACCAAACUAUGGUUCAUAGGGAGAUCAGCUAUGAGUAGUACAACUUAUCAUUAACUUCUUGCACUACAAAUUAUUGUGUUAUCUUUCAAUUGCAUCUUCAUAUGCCCUUAUCCUUUGUUUAUGGGAACUUAUCCACAUUAACUGGUUGCAG